AAACAAACACACAAAUAGAUACUACAUACAGAGAUUGGUAAUAUGGAAGUAGUUCAAGUACUUCGCAUGAACGGAGGUCUUGGAGAAACCAGUUAUGCCACCAACUCUCUUGUCCAGAGAAAGGUGAUUUCGAUGACGAAGCCGAUAACGGAAGAGGCAAUCACGAAAGUUUACUGCAGCGUCGACGCGAUUGCGAACCGCUUCUGCAUAGCAGAGCUGGGCUGUUCGUCCGGGCCGAACACUCUGGCGGUGGCGGCGGAGCUCCUCAGCAUUGUUCACCAGUUGAGCCGGAGCCACGGCCGUCAGCUGCCGGAAUUUCAGAUACUCUUGAACGAUCUCCCGGGGAACGAUUUCAACUCCAUCUUCCACUCCUUGCUGCCGGAGUUCAGAGCCCAGCUCAACCAAGAAAUAGGGUCUAAAUCGGCACCUUGUUUCGUUUAUGGAGUUCCGGGCUCAUUUUACGGCUGCCUUUUCGCGGCAAACAGCCUCCAUUUUGUUCACUCUUCUUACAGCCUCAUGUGGCUCUCCAAGGUGCCUGAAGGGGUGGAGAAAUGGAACAAGGAAGAAAUAUACAUCGGAAGCAAAAGCCCCGCGCCGGUGAUAAACGCGUACUCCAACCAAUUCCGGGCAGAUUUCGACACAUUCCUGAAAUGCCGAUCAGAGGAAGUUGUGGGAGGCGGAGCGAUGGUGCUUACUAUUCUGGGGAGGAAGAGCGAUAACGCGGCGAGCAAGGAAUGCUGCUAUAUUUGGGAACUCUUGGCUCUCUCUCUCAAGGAAAUGGUGUCGGAGGGAGGCAUCGAUGAAGAGAAGCUCCACUCAUUCAACAUCCCUCAAUACACUCCUUCCCCGGCGGAAGUGAGGAGGAGCGUGGAGGAGGAGGGCUCCUUCGCCAUCAGCCGCCUCGAGGCCGCAGAGAUCAGAUGGGCCGACUGCGGCGGUGGAGGAGGAGGCGGAUACGAUGUGGCGAAAUGCAUGAGAUCGGUGGCGGAGCCGUUGCUGGUGGAGCACUUUGGGGAGACUAUAAUCGAUGAGUUGUUCGUAAAGUAUCAGAGAAUCCUCACCGAUCGCAUGUCCAUAGAAGAGACCAAGUUCGUCAAUGUCACUGUUUCUCUCAUCCGGAGAGGAUGACCAUGAUUAAUUUAAUUCAUCUGUUUGUUGAUGAUAUGAGUAUUUGUUAGGUUUGAUUAAUGUGGUUAUUAUGUAUGGGUGAGUCGUGGUAGUAUAUAAAAUUAAAGUUCAAUAAUUAUUAUGUGUCAAAUUUUGUUUGUACUAGUAAAUUUGUCUCUUAUGGUGUCGGAUACUUAAUGAUGAUGAUUAAUGUUAUUAGUUAAA